UCGUAAGGGGAAGUCAGGCUGCGAGUUAAAGGAUUGGAAACUUCCAACCUUUAUGGAAUGUUUCAUUCAAUGGGAGUGAAUAUUCGGAGGAAGAGAAAAUGAGAAGAUGUUCCUGUACAGAAGUUUAUAAGGCACUUCCGUGCAAUACUUAAAAUCAAGUCAAGUGUGCGUGGAUGUGUAUAGGCUAUAUGGAUAUUUCUGUCUCCCUGGAGGGAUAUUGUCUUACUGAAACGACGUAGGCUGAUCUGAGGAGUGACAUUUCAACUGGUCAUCGGACAAGAACUCCACAGCACCCCCUACCAGCAAGCCAUAGCAGAGCAGUGGAGAAAGCCUGGUGUUCUUCAGUCAAUGGACACUAUUUUUAGGAAUAUAUCUUGUAACUAACUGACAUUAACUGAAUUAAACAAAGGAGGCGUCCGCAGACGAUGCACCGCUGAAAAGAGUAGAGGCCCCGCGGCCCUUUAGCGUCGUUGUGGAAGCGUCGUCACGGAGACUCGGGCGGAGGGCGCGGCGACCAUGGAGCGCCGGGAGGGCUCGGAGGACGGGAGCAAGGCGAGCCGGAGUGACAGCGAGGAGGAAAAGUCUCUCUGCCACUCCUGCGGGAUCUGCGGGAAGAGCUUCCCCUUCCAGAGCUCCCUGUCGCAGCACAUGCGCAAGCACACGGGCGCCCGGCCCUACAAGUGCCCCUACUGCGAGCACCGGGCCUCCCAGAAGGGAAACCUCAAAGUCCACAUCCGCAGCCACAAGAUAGGCACCCUGAGCCACGGGUACAAGGACGAGGAGGAGGAGGAGGAGGCCGGGCUGGUGGAGCUGGGAGAGGGGCAGGUGGGAGAGGGGCUGGACGGCGGCUGCACCAGCCCCACCGAGAGCGCGUCCGCCUGCAACGGCACGGCCCCCGAGGAGCGGCCCAAAACCCUGAUGAGGAGCGUCAAGAGGGAGAAGGCGGGAGCGGGCGACCCCGGGGAGUCGUUGCUCCAGUGCCCCCUCUGCAGGAGGGUCCUGGGAAGCCGGGCGGAGCUGGAGCAGCACUCGCAGGUGUGCCGCCGGCCCUACCGGUGCCGACUGUGCGGAUACGAGGCCCAGCGGGAGGACCAGCUCCUCAGCCACGUGGAGAAGGCUCACAUCACCGUGGACGGCUCGGCGGGGGAGGGCGAGGCCGGGCCGGACGAGGGCGGGGAGGAGGGGGAGGUGGAGGGGGAGGCCGGAGAGGGAGACUUCCCCUGCGAGGUGUGCGGACAGGCCUUCACCCAGGCGUGGUUCCUGAAGGCCCACAUGAAGAAGCACGCGGGCACCUUCGACCACGGCUGCCGGGUGUGCGGCAGGCGCUUCCGAGAGGCCUGGUUCCUGAAGAACCACAUGAAGUCGCACGGCUCUCGAGCCAGCGGGCGGGCCACUCGGAGCAGGGCCGAAGCGGAGAACGCUGCCACCAUCAACGAAGUGGGUCAGGACGAGGUGUCCGGAGCGGGCGUGACCUGCCUCUACCAGCUCUGCUCGAAAUGUGGGAACUUCUUCCACAACAGGGAGAACCUGAGGGCCCACGAAAGGGUCCACAACCAGACCCACCCCGCCAAGCCAGGCGGCAAGCAACAGGGCCGUGGGAAACAUGGCGACGACGACCCGGACGGACCUGGCGCCAAGAGGCGCCUCGUCGAGUGCCUGGGCCUGGUGCCCGUCGGGCUAAAAGGCCCGUCGGCCCAAAGAAUGCUGGGAAAGCGCAUCCAGGAGCUGGACCCAGUGUGCAGUUACCAGGCCUGGCAGCUGGCCACCAGAGGCAAGGUGGUGGAGGCGCCGGAGAACGGGCGGAACCUGGGCUGGGACGAGGCCCUGGCGGACGCUGACGUGGCGUAUGACCGGGACAAGGGCGCGUACGUCCUGGUGGGUCAGGAGAAGCGCAAGCGGGAGCCGGAGCCGCACGCCGUAGGAGGGAAGAGGCGCAGCAGCGCAAACCAAGCCCCCCAAACCGGGAGCAGCAGCAGCGGAAGUGGCGGAAAUCACCGGAACAAUGACAGGCACAGCCACGCCUCCUCGGGCGACCUCAGCCCCGACAGCCUGAGCGACUCGGAGUACCGCCCCCCGUCACGGCAGGGCCGCCGAGCCUCCCGGAGCAAGGGCGCCGAGUGCUUCGAGUGCGGCAAGAUGUUCCGCUCCCACCAGCAGAUGGCGCUGCACCUACGCGUGCACCGCAAGGAGGGGCGGGCUGGGGGCGAGGGUGGGGCUGGAGGCGCUACCCGCUGGGGGUCUGUCAGUGAGGCGGAAUCGGGAUCUGCCAGCCCAGGCUCGCCGCCUUCCUCUGCCCUGGGGGAGGAUGGGACCGGGGAGAGAGGCCAACUCCAAACCACCGAUGAAAAGCCAUAUGUUUGCAACCUCUGCAACUUUGCAACCUCUGACUCCACCUUCUUCGCGUCACACGUACAAGACCACCAGGAGGACGUCAGGACGGCCUCCGCUCCUGGUGCUAACACGCAGGUCUCAGUCUCAUCAGCAAACGACACGGACAGAGAAAGCCACAGCAGCCAAUCCAAACUGAGGAAGGCCCUGCUUCAGCAGCCCAUUCGUCAUCCUGCCCUCUGCCCCCGGGCCAAUCAAAACCCAGCAGACGCCCAAACGUCCGAGAACCGCUCCCCGGAUAGGUCCCCUCUGAAUCUGUCCGUCCAAUCGGAUGGCUGGAGAGGCGGGUCCUCCUCGCUCCUGAGGGACGGGUUGGUCAGGCACCGGUGCUCGUACUGCUCCUACGUCACACACUACCCCGAGGUGCUGUGGAUGCACCAGACCGUGUCCCACAAGGUCAACAGCAGUGCCCUGGCGCCUAAAUGGGCCACCAGGACCGUCCUGAAGGCGCCUAAAGAGGGGCUGGCUUUCCCCAGACGCACGGGGCCCCCGCCGGUACUAGGGGGGAAGGAGUGCCCCGCUCUGCCCUCCACACAGACCUCCCGCACGCGCCCACCAACGUCUGUGACCACCAAACGGGACAAGGCCGGCAGUCAGCCCAGCACCUCCCAGGCCAGGGCCCCACCUCCCCCCCCGACCUCCAGACCGGCCCCAGGCUCCGCUCCCAGCCCCACGGCCGGCAAAAACCAACCCAAAGCCCCCAAGCGCAAAGCCGAGGAGCCCCAGCACGGCCGGCCCCGGGUGGAGAUCUACCCCAAAGUGUCCCCGUCGGCCGGGGCCUUGGAGAAGAGCGCGGGGGUCUCCCCCAGGUCGGCCCCCAGCCCCAAAACGGGGGUCCGGCAGGCCGACCGGUACCUGCUGCCCCAGGAGGGGCUGGGCUUCAUGCUGUCCAGUAAGCACGGCCUCUCGGAUCACGGCAGGGCCCUGGCGUCCCCUCUACCCCAGCUGCCCCCGCACCUCUCCCUGAGCAGGACUAAAACACACAGCCCUCAGCCGCACCCCGCAGCCCGAGGCCCCCCGCCCGACUCGUGGGCGGCGGAGAGCAUCGUGGGCGGGUACGGGUCCUCCCAGUCGCUCUGGAGCGCGGUCCCCGGGUCCAGGGCCCCGUACGCGGAGGUGAAGCAGGAGCAGACGGGCGAGGCCUCUGACACACCCGCAGACAUCCUGAGCUUCCUGAAGAACUGCAACUCCCAUGACCUCGCCACCCUCUACCACCGCUGGGGCUCGGCCAAUCCCCUGCUGGAUCACACAGGGGCGCUGAGGUCACUGGUGCGGCAGGGAGACUACAUCUGUCGAGAGUGCGGGAAGAGCUUCAGUCAGCCCAGCCACCUCCGCACGCACAUGAGGUCCCACACAGGCGAGAGACCGUUCCGGUGCCAGCUCUGCCCAUACAGCGCUUCUCAGAAAGGGAACCUAAAGACCCACGUCAUGUGCGUGCACGGCGUCCCCUUCGACAACGCCACGUACCCCGACGGGAGGGCCCGCCAGCCAGGGAGCGACGACCCCGAGGACCGCCCGGGCGACCGCGACCGCGACCGCCACCUCCCGCCCGAGAACACCCACCUGGACCGCGAGCCGGACGCCCUGACCGCCACGAACAGACAAAUAAGGAACCCGGCCAAUUGAACACAGCUAGGCAGCUUGCACGAGGGGGUGCGUCCUCUGACCCCCUAGGGUGACCGGAGUCACGUUUCCCCACCUGCGCUUUCCGCUCUGAGGACGGUGUGAGACUGUUGAAACCUUUUUUCCGAGGGUCUGAGAAACAAUGACACUGUGAAAUGCAUCGCUGGUUAGAGGUCACGUGACCGGAGUUUGGGCCGUUACUCUGAUAUUUUUCUAGUCCCUUACUCGACUUUCCCACCUCCCCCGUUUUUCUAAAUUGAGAAUAUUCGAGUGCACCUCCGCCCGAGGCAGGACAUGAAAUCGAACACCUCAGAAAGCACCCCAAAAAAACACUGUGCUUCACGGAGAGGGGUGAGAUGUGUGUUUACAUGGACAGUGACACUGUGGCCACGGUCUCUUCAUUCACCACCGAUCUUACCAAACUUGAAAAAGCCAUCCGACCAGUUCACACCUGAAGUAGAAGUUCAGCAUUUUGCUUUUUAAUUUUUCAUAAAAACUGAUUAAAUUCCUGCUUUAAGAGCAUCCGCUUGGAUUUGAAAAAAUAACUUGCUCGCUAAAUCUGCUGUGAACAAAUUUUCUCAGAGGGAAAGGGGAGACCAACCUCAUUUAGGUCCAGUGGACAUUUUCAAAUGAGAGUGUGUUCACCUUCUUUUUUUUUUUUUUUGCCGUGACUAAAAAAUUUUUUCGGGCAAAUGGGUCCAAACCUGCGGAAGCAAAUAUUGUAAUAGCUAAUAUUACUGUGGACUCGCUCACUAUAGCUUUCUCAUUUUCUCAGGACAACUAAUGCUUACUAAUGCGUUUUUCUGUCUGUGUAUUUCCCUCAGUUAACUUCCUGUCAUCCCUUUGAUUGGCUUGAGAACUGUCACAGAAACAUGAAAUGUGAAAUCCAAAAUGUAAGGAAUAUAUUGAAAAAAUUCCGCUCAUACUGUAAUAUAAAUUGUGUUUAUCGCUGCUUAACUUAAUGCAUAUGUUGCAAUGACAUACUUUGUAGCAUAUUGAAGAAGCAAUAAUAGAUGUAUUUUGACAUGCUUGCAACCUAUUUUACCCUAAAAGUAAUAAUAUAUUCCUUAUAUUAUUGAUUUCGUAAACUACUAGAUCCAAUUGAAUGAUUUAUUUCAUGAGGGAAAUUCAUAUUGUUUACCUCAGAGACAUAUGAGUACUUAAAGCCAUGUGGUAUAUGCAAUGAUAAGGCCACCAUAGUGGUGUUUAUUUUACAGUAAUCUUGUACCUGUUGUUGUCUAGUAAUAUCAGGUAGCACACGCAACAUCGAAUUAACGGAUUACACAAAAUGACAUGCCUUGAGACGAGACAGUACGAGAAAAGAACUGACCAAUUAAAUUAUUUUUUAAUAAAAGCGCGUUAUGAGCUAUUUUUCAGCUCCACAAUGUAUGAAAACAGAAAUGAAAAUAAAUUCAAGGCAUGCAAAUAUCUUUUAUAUAUUUUGAGACGUUAGUAGUUUUUACAUGUACAAUGACGAGAUAAUUUCUGUAUCGCUUGGGUAUCUUGUGUAGAUACAGUACAUGUAUGCUUCAAUGCAGGUGCGCUUACAGUACAAAUAUGAAAAUAAUGCACUUGUAACUUAUGUAUAUUGCAUACCGGAUGGUAUGAACUGAUUUAACAGUUUUUGCAAAUGUUAUUGAUUAAGUACAUUAUUUACUAUAGAUUUUACUCUAGCUUGCUAUUAUGACUCACUGGCCUUGUGCUCACUAAGCAGAAACUAAGAAGGAGGGAUGUCCUCUCCUCUUUCUGUCUAACCAAACCCUUUACGGCAUCAGAUACCAAACGGUUGUUGGUAAGCCUCGGUGCACUUAAGAUACAAACUUGCUUUAAUAUUUAUUGUGUUUCACUUGUGUUUGGUGAGGUGAAAGGGGUGUGAGUGCUUAACUAACAAAAUUGCAUCUUUCAUUAUGUCAUUUCUUUUCCCCAUACCCGAGUACUUUGAAUGCAUUUUCUAACGUGGGCAUUUUGUGUGAUAGGCGCAUUAAAAAUGUGCAGUUUUAGAAAUAAAAUUUUAAGAGGUAGAUCUAUGAAUAAAUGACACUUAAAUGCUGUUUGUUAAUGGAAGAUAAUACACACGCACACACACAUACUGUAUGACAGUCACUAUACUAAAGACUAGUCUUUUUUACUGACUGAAAUACAUUAACCUCUGCAUGCACACGUUACAUUUAAGAUUUACUUCUGACUCCUGGCUCCAACCUCUAUGGAGCAUUGAUUUUUGCGAACAUACAUGAUUAUAAUUUGUAUGCUGUCUAAAACAUUCCAUUAACCAUUCCCGGCUGAAACGAAUGGCAGAUAAUCACAUCUGAGACAAAAUUACUACGUCCAUAAAUCAAUAACAUAUAAUUAACGUAUCUGAGAAGAAAAAAAAACAGGAAGAAUGAAAGAAGAGAAGGCACAGUGCUUAAACCAUGUCGACCGAUGGAUCUGGUGUCUGACCGUGUUGCACAAACGACUACGACACGCGUUUGUCUUUUUUAAAGAAUUCCCAGAUGCUAGGGAACAGUCCCAACAGUCGCUGUUCCCUAGUGUCUUCUCCAUAGUUAGGGCUUGUUCAGUUGUAGGCAAGGUGGCGUUCCAAAGAACCUAGCUUGGCUUAUUAUUUUCAAUUUGUGUGUGUGUGUGUUUCAGAGCAAUUUUGUUUUGAUUUGAUUUUAGUUGUUUGAUAGCUGAUAGUGUUUAAAACUGUAUUUUGUUCUUUUUUCGUAAUAAUUAUCAUGUCAUAAUGGAUCAGCAGAAAUGCAACAUCGUCAAUUUGUUUUUAUAACAUUCUCAAUUUCCACCUGACAAACUGUUACCAAUAAGAACUUCUCUACCUCUCCUGAUUCUCAUGUCUGAACAGUUGUUUUGUAUGUGGUUCCAAUUGUAAUGUAAUUUCCACAUUAAAAGAUGAAUAAGACAA